CUUGAGGCCGGGCUUCUCCUUCCGGGCGGUGUGGGGCGGGACGGGGCGGAGACAAGAUGGCGGCGGGGUGGCUGUGGCGGCGGCUCUGUCAGGGAUCAACUUUUCCUGUCAGUUAUGCAAGCAGAAUUAUGCAAAAGCAGUAUUUUCUUCCAAGCUCCAACUUGAUGGGAGCACGGCUGGCUGGAUCCCAUGUUGAUACACAGGAGCCUAAGACCAAUCCUUUGGUAUCUAUUUCAGAUGAGCCGGAAACACUGUACAAGAGAUUGUCCCUUUUAGUUAAAGGUCACGAUAAAGCUGUGUUGGACAGCUAUGAAUAUUUUGCAGUGCUUGCAGCUAAAGAACUUGGCAUCUCAGUUGAAAAAGUAGACAAACCUCCGAAGACAAUAGAACGAUUUACACUUCUCAAAUCUGUACAUAUUUUCAAGAAGCACAGAGUUCAGUAUGAAAUGAGAACACAUUACCUGUGUUUGGAGUUGAAAUACCUAACAGGCAGUACUGCUGCAGUUUACUUGGAGUAUGUGCAACGAAACUUACCUGAAGGGGUUGCCAUGGAAGUAAAAAAGACUAAGAUAGAGAGAAUACCUGAACACAUUAAGAAGCCAGUUUGGGAUACACUACCUCAAGUGGAAGAAGCUGAAGUCAAGUCAUGAACACACCAGGUACUUGGCUCUGUUAGUACUGGAGUUCAUUGUUCCUAUCAGCCUAAUUUACUGUUAAAUAAAAGUUCUCUUAUAAAGAAAUUUUAUAAACUCUUGUUUCAUCAAGUUAUUCUUCCUUAUAAUUCCAGUACAUGUUAGACUGUACAGCUCUAAAGUGAAGAAGUUUGUGAUCUGUAACUAUGGUUAUUUAUAAUAAGUUUGUAAAAAGUGUGUAUAUAUAAAUGUAUAUAAAUUCAUCAUAUCCUUUUGAUGCUAGAUGGCUUCUUAAUUCUGAAAUACUUGCAAAUCCACUUCACAUUUGUGUGAUGUUUAAUAUUAUGUAUGCCAGAUUGUUAUCCAGUUACCAAUUGGAUAAACUCAUUCGUUGGAU